CGUCGAAAGACGACAAAUCAUUGAUUCUACAACAUGUCCAAGAUGUUGCUGUUUUCCGUUAUAUUUGCCAACGCGGUGAUCACCUUAUACGCAAUGCCCGCUAAGGAAAGCAAUGCAACCGGUGACGAGUUAUCUUCCCGUAUUUUGUAUGGAGAGUAUGCCGAUAUAUCGGAGUAUCCAUAUUACGCGUAUAUUAAAGGAGCCUGCGGUGCCGCCAUCAUCUCGGACAGGUGGCUGGUGACGGCGGCUCACUGCAUACAGCCGAUGAGAGAGAGACAACUAAACCAAGUGUGGGUGGGGGGCAACACUGUCCAAACCAGCCAGCUUUACACAAUCGACUUUAUGGUGGCCCACCCACGUUAUAACAAAAUCAUGAUAAUCAAUGACAUCGCGCUCCUGCAUCUGGCCCAACCGCUGGCUUUCAGUAAUACUGUUCAACCUUUAGAACUACCAAGAAUGGAAUACGAGCUAAAUGCUGUCCACAAAUUUGCUGGGCAUGGACAAGAUGAGUAUGGUAACCCGACCGAACACCUGAUGAGUAUGAAAGCUCGCACUCUAGGUGUAGAAGAAUGCUUGUCUAACAUCCCUAAAACUCAGUGUUACAUAUACCAUCAAUUAUACUACGUCAACAAAGUUAGUAUUUGUGUUCAACGGAUCGGCAAUAGAUUUGGGACAUGCCAUGGUGACUCAGGGGGUCCGCUCGUCCGGGGCAACACUCUAGUCGGUGUCCUGUCACACGGACCGGAUACCUGCUCAAGGUCCUUAGUGGACUUCUUUACCAACGUCGCUCCCUUUGUGGGCUGGAUCAAGGAGAUCACCGGUGUUGGUUACUGAAGAACAAACACAUUUUAGAAAAAAGUCUCUUCUGUGGACAAUAAGUACAAUAAAAGUUAAUGACCCGAUA